UUGAGAUGUGGAAUUUAUACUGGAUCCCAUGAAAAAGUGGAUAAAAUGUGGAGUAUGCGAACUCAAAAAGUUACGCCACAUGCCGUCACAGAAUAUCACAUAACUCAGCACGUAAUGGAUCCUUUGCGAGGAUUAGCAGAGCAAAGUUUAUCAACACCUUUAACUCAACACCAACCCAGCUUUUUAUUAAGUGGCCCUAGUACAGGACGAACGAAUUUCACCAAUAAACAACUCACGGAGCUGGAAAAGGAAUUUCAUUUCAAUAAAUACUUAACUCGAGCUAGGAGAAUUGAGAUUGCUAAUUCACUACACCUUAACGAAACACAGGUCAAAAUAUGGUUUCAAAACCGACGAAUGAAGCAGAAAAAAAGGAUAAAAGAAGGCUUAGUACCACACGAUUCUCAAUGCUCCUCACCAAAGCAUGUUACAAAUGUUCCAAUGGAUGGUAAUAGCAUGAAAUCAGCCGGUGAUAGCAACGACAACAGCCGGGAGUCAUCAACACUUUAGCCUAAAUUUAGUUGUGAGGGCCAAAUCCCAAAGGGUGUAAGUAAAAAACUUCAACUGCGCAAAACUACUGUAUCCGAAUUUAGGUUCUCUCUUCUUUAGUAAUUGCUACCGGCAAUUGAUUUCUGUGUUUGAUUUUUUUCUCAAGCCAUGAAACAUAAUUAUUUGCAUUCAACUCAAGUUUAAUUUUUUUUUAAGUAAACGGUCCUCUAACUUAUAUUCUUAGGUACACUGGGGUUGCUUUUACGUAGGUCGUUUUUUAUGCAACCAUGAUUAUAAAUUUUUUGACCACUCGUUUAUUUUACGCGGAUUUUGGAAUUCGCGCGAAUAUUUUACUAUGUUGUUGACCGUUGACCUUUUUUUGAAGGUCCGGAAACACGUGGAAAGCACGAAAAAAAAGUUUCAAUGAAGUCGUUUUUUACAAAUUUUAGGAUUUACGCGGAACUUAUCUCCCGCGUUAAAACUAAUUUCAGUGUAUACAUUUAUGAGAAUAUGUUGGAAAACAGUAAGAUGCAAAUAACGAUUGCUUUUGUUUUUUUUGCUUUCUCGUAUACUGAAUAAACGGGAAGGCUUUAGGAUCACUCCGAAAAUGAGCUAUGGUAUAGAGCUCGGAAAGCCUUUAGUGUUGUAUACCAAUCGACUCAGCUCGACGAAUUGACUUUUCGACGCGGAAAUAAUGGAAUCUAUCUCCCUAAAGUACUAUUUUGACCUCUCUAAUGUGUUGGCAUCAUCACAUUUUAUAAUUCACGAGAAGGCACCGCCUUCGCUAGGAUUAUUAACCUGAGUUUUAUAUAAUCAGAUUUAAUCGACAUCCAACAAUUAUUAAUUUGAUGCAUUUAGGCCGUUACAAAUAUUUAAUUAACUUUUUGUCCUACUGGUCUCCGAAAGGUCAAGGCGGAAUAUUAAAAAAUAAAUAUUAAAAUGAAAAAAACAAAAAAACUCGUCGGAUUUGUUAAAGAAUGUUUUCAAAAUCUUCAAAAUUAUCCGAAUUUUAUUUUGUUGCCCCCUCAAAAUAUUAUUUUUUGGCAAAAAAAUCCGAGGGGGGAGGGGGGACAAAAUAGAUUUUAAAUAUUUGUAUCGGCCUUAUUUUAACGAAUUAUUUUACCACAUUUUACGAAUCACCAUCUGAUCAAAUGCCGUUGAAACGAAGAUGAUUUGAUCGAAUGACCCUUUUCACCGUAUAGUUGAAAAUUUUACCCUUACUAUAAGAUUUUUUUGUUCAACCACAUGGCGGUAGCUUCACAUACCGACCUUAACAGUAGAACCGUCUUCAGUGUCUCACAGUGAGUAGUGAGAGGUGAGAUGUAGGACACAAAAAGCGAGCAUAUAAGAGGUAACAAGUUAGAAGUGCAAAAAAAAAGUUAAAUAAAACUUGGAGCGAGAAAAAAAUUAAGAAGAAUAACAAACAAAACAGAGGAAUGAUGAUUGAUGUUUAGAAGAAAGAUUGCAGACAUUCAGUACAAGAAGUGUUCAACCUAAAAAUAUUUAAAGUAUUCUGCAUAUUUAUAUUUGUCCGUCAGCCAAACGGCAUUCAAGCAAAUGGCGUUUGGCCAUGUCUUAAUUUUUUAAGGUGUUGGUGAACUUUCUUCCAUACAACGCGAUACGGAAAGUGGGGAUGUAGCUAGUCGUAAAAUCUCGAUUAAGAGCACCUCCACGGGAGUCCCCAUCUGGGUCCCUAUCGCUAUUUCCGGGCCCUUUAUAGGGACUCACUUGUACACCGGAGGUAUCUAAACGGGAAUGUAAAAUAAGAACGCAACUCAAAAUUAGCCGUGAGUUUCCAAAUUUAGCGCCCCAUACUAGGUUGCUAAAUUUCCAUACAGGGUAGCUAUUUUGUGAUACGUCACUUUGGUAUAUUGAUAAAAAAUUGCAGAAAAUUUGUUUUUCUUUUCCAGAACAAUUUCGACGUAAAUUAAAUAGCAAGGGGAAUAUUAUUUUUUUGGAUCUAGUGCCCCAGUUCAACUUCGCGACGUAAUUACAGUAAUUAAUCAACUAUAAUGAGAAGCGUUU